AGGUUCAAUUUUUAACUUGAUUUGGCCAAAACAUCGUAAUGUCUGAAAGGAUAAACCCAGACCUUCAGAAAGAAAGAGACGCAGCAACUUUUGACGUUGAAGAAUUGUCGGUUCUUUUGCACAAUGGAGCACAUGAACUUGAGAAGAAACGUAAACUUGAGGAAUUAGUGAGGAACGACCCAGAUUAUAAAAGUCUUCCGUUUGACUUCCUGUCACGUGAAGCUCAGUAUGAGGAAGGUGUCCGUCGGAGCACGAUCGCUGUAGCGAAGAAAGAUCAACUUGGUUCGUUGAUCGAAAACCAUGGAGAUCUUAUAACUUACAACACUCAUGUGGGAAGGGGUAAAGCGGGCCCAUUCAACCUACACACAGGCAUGUUCAUCCCUACCCUGGUGAAACAAGGUUCACCGGAACAAGUUGCCAAGUGGUUGCCACUCAGUGAGAAUUAUCAGAUAGUUGGAACCUACGCACAAACUGAGAUGGGACACGGAACCUUUCUGCGUGGGUUGGAAACAACGGCCCAUUACGACCCGCACACCCAGGAGUUUGUUCUCAAUUCACCGACAACGACGUCUAUCAAAUGGUGGCCGGGGGCAUUGGGCAAAACCUCCACGCACGCUGUUGUUCUCGCACAGUUAUAUACGUUGGGUAAAUGCCAUGGAAUUCAUGCGUUCGUCGUUCAACUCAGAAGUUUGGAGGAUCAUAAGUCUCUACCAGGAAUAAUGGUUGGGGAUAUUGGGCCAAAGUUCGGGUACGGCGCAAACGAUAACGGUUUCCUGAAGUUGAGCAACCACAGAAUACCGAGGGAGAAUAUGCUCAUGAAAUAUUCAAAGGUUGCGCCCGAUGGUUCGUACAGCAAACCCCCCAAGUCCACAUUAACAUAUGGGACGAUGACAUUCGUACGUGCCAUGAUAGUACGAGGGUCCGCACAAGCCAUCGCACAGGGGGCGACCAUCGCAAUACGAUACAGCGCUGUGAGGAGGCAGAGUGAGAUGCGGCCUGGCGAACCAGAGCCCCAGGUCCUAAGUUACCCCACACAGCAGUACAAGUUGUUCCCACUACUUUGCGCGGCUUAUGCUUUCCACUUUGUGCAAGUGAAGAUGAUUGAGGCCUACAGUGAAGUGACGGAACUUGUUAACAAGGGGGAUUUCUCAAGAACGCAAGAGCUUCAUGCUUUAUCAUCUGGUUUGAAAGCUUAUACAUCAGCGAUAUCAAACACUGGUUUGGAAGUAUGUCGCACUUCAUGUGGUGGGCAUGGUUACUCUUGUGCGAGCGGUUUCCCCGCUUUAUACACAAACUUCACGCCAUCCGUAACUUAUGAAGGAGAAAACACAGUGUUGUUGCUACAAUGCGCAAGGUACUUGGUGAAAUGCACCCGUGACUUGCGUAGCGGGGCAAAACUACCGGGCAGUGUUGCAUAUCUAUCGUGUGGUUGUGAUCCAUCAAGUAUAGGGAAGGACUUCACCAACGUCAAGACGCUCGAUUCUCUUUAUAAACAACGAGCGCUGGGAUUAAUCAGGUUUGCGAGUGGCAAAGUAGACGCUUCAAUGGACGGUGGAAUGGACCUCGUUGGUGCGUUGAAUGAAUCGUCCGUACACCUUGUGCGGGCUGCAGUUGCCCACAGCCAUUACUUUGUUGUUCGGAACUUCUUCGAGAAAUUAUCAAAGUUGACUUCGACCUCCCAACUCCUCAUGGAGGUUCUACACCAGUUGUCGUUGUUCUACGCGCUUGACGGGGUCGCUCAGCAUAGUGGGGAGUUUCUUGAGGAUGGUUUAUUGAGUGGGGAAGAUGUGAAACAGAUACGACAACUAACAGUGGAAAUGCUGCCGAAGAUUCGUGUCAAUGCUGUGGCUCUGGUGGAUGCAUUCGAGUUUGGUGAUGAUGUCCUUGGUUCAGUGUUGGGAAGAUACGAUGGUAACGUUUACGAGAAUCUUUUUAAAUGGGCUCAGGAUUCACCACUUAAUAAAACGGAUGUAAGUGUUUGGUUUGGUAAUUCUUAACUUCUAUCAUAGUAA